AUGAAAGAGCCUCAACCCCCGCCAGCAGACAACCCAGUCAACACUGGCAGUUCCACCACUGCCAAUGGACAAAGAGCCCCUCGAUUCAUCGUCAUCGGCGCCGGCUCUCGCGGCAAUGCCUAUGCCCGCGCCGUGAAAACCACCACCCCUGGCGUCAUCCACGCCGUGGCCGAGCCGCACGAGUUCAAGCGACGCGAAUUCGGACGGAACUAUAUAUGGGACGCAGAUGGAUCUCCCAUCGAAGGGCAAGAAUUCUCAGACUGGAGGGAAUGGGUGCAAUGGGAAACCGAGCGGCGCAAGAAGGCCGGCUCCGCUCAUGAGCAGGCCACUCCCCUCGGUGUAGAUGGAGUCUUCAUCUGCACACUGGACGAGACCCACGUCGAGAUUAUCAAGGCUAUCGCACCUCUGCAACUCCACAUCCUCUGCGAGAAACCCCUCGCCCUCUCCCUCGACGAUUGUCUAACCGUCUACCGAACCCUCCAACCCCCGCGUCCCCAAUCCACCAACCAAGAACCCCAGUCGCCAGCAACAAUCUUCUCCAUCGGCCACGUCCUCCGCUACAGCCCACACAACACACUCCUCCGCAAACUCCUCCUCAACGACCGCGCCAUCGGCGACAUCGUCUCCCUCGAACACACCGAACCCGUCGGCUGGUGGCACUUCUCACACAGCUACGUCCGAGGAAACUGGCGACGCGCCACAGCAAACGGCGACGGCUCCCUACUGACCAAAUCCUGCCACGACAUCGAUUUCAUCCUCUGGCUGCUCUGCUCCCCGACCUCGCUCGAUGGCACGCAGCAGCCGCAUUUCCCGCGGUCGAUCUCGUCGGCGGGCUCGUUGACGCAGUUCCGGCGUGCUAGGAAACCCGUUGCGGCUGGGGAUGCGACGAAUUGUCUCUCUUGUCCUGCUGAGCGGGACUGUACUUACAGCGCGGUGCGGAUUUACAAGGAUCGUCACCUGGCCAAGGGGCAUCGCACGUGGCCGGUUGAUAUUGUCUGUCCUGAUAUCGAGGACGUGUAUAGAGCCGAAGGGGCUGCUGCUGCUGAAGAGCAUUUACUCUCGCGACUGCGGGAAGACUAUGACGUUCGUGUCCAGUCAGACGCUGAUGUCGCCGCGAGACCGUGGUAUGGCCGAUGCGUGUACGAAGCGGACAACAACGUCUGCGACGACCAGGUCGUAACACUUGCAUGGGAUGACGAGGACGUCGAACCAAAGCGGCUGGCCAAGACAGCUACCUUCCAUAUGAUUGCCCCGACAGAGAAACAAUGCGAACGACGGGGUCGUGUAUACGGCACAACCGGGGAGAUCGAGUACAACAGCAACGCAAUCUCCAUCUAUGAUUUCGCAUCUGCAAAGACGACGACUAUCGAUGUACCCCGCCCGCCGCCGGAGAGGGCCGAGUCUCAUGGAGGUGGUGACUAUGGUCUUGCGGGACAGUAUGUGAAUGCUGUCAACGCCGUGAUGAACAAGGGGUUGGACGUAGAGACUGCACAGGCGCGGUUCAUUGGGUGUACGCUGGAGGAAGCGGUGCAGAGCCAUGCGGUGGUGUUUGCGGCAGAGGAAGCGAGGAGGGAGGAGCGUGUUGUUAAGUGGAGGGAAUGGUGGGAGGAGAAGUUGAAGUAUUCGGCUGCUGCUUGA